AUGCCGUCGACGGACAUUGCCUCGUUCGCCGAGAAGCAGCUGAAGCUGCUCGACACGGAACUCCAAGCAGAACUCGAAGAGACUGCGCUUUUGACUUCGACGCAUGCGCCUGUAAAGCUCGAGCGCGCGGGUCUGGCUGUGCUCAACCUGAUAGUAUCAUCUCAGCGGACAGGCUUCGGGGGAAAGACGCUUCUCGAGCUCGAGCUAGACUCUGCUGUAGCCUCAGACGCAGGCGAACUCCCCGAGCAUGGCCUCCGCGUAGGUGACAUCUGCGCGGUCGCCGAGCAGCCCAAGGGCGCAGAGAGGAAGAAAGAGCGCGAAGGCAUGGAAAAGAGAGGUGCCGAGGGRGUCGUCACGCGUGUCAGCAAGGCCGCGAUAACCGUAGCAUUGGACAAGGAAGAUGUAGAUGUCCCCAACGGCAAGCUGUGGCUCGUGAAGCUCGCCAGCGAGGUAACGUACAAACGCUUGAACCAAACCAUGGGACGACUCCAGAAAUUGCAGCCCUCGGAGCACAGCACGCUCACACAAGUUCUCUUUGGUCAAUCAUCACCCACCCCUAUUUCCGAUUCUGAUCUGAAAGCGGAUCUUGCGUGGUGUGAUCCGACAUUGAACGACAGCCAGAAGGAUGCAAUUCAAUUUGCACUUGCCAGUCGUGAGGUAGCUCUACUACACGGCCCUCCUGGGACCGGUAAGACGCAUACUCUGAUUGAGCUCAUUCUGCAGAUGUUGAAGCUCAAACUGCGAUUGCUUGUUUGUGGUCCAAGCAACAUUAGUGUAGACAACAUUGUAGAGCGUCUUGCGCCUCACAAGGUCAACAUGGUUCGUCUGGGACAUCCUGCCCGACUCCUUCCUAGCGUGCUCAGCCACAGUAUGGAGGUUCUGUGUCGAACCAGCGACGCUGCUUCCAUCGUGACAGACGUACGCAACGAGAUGGACGCCAAACAAGCAUCAAUCCGCAAAACAAGGAAUGGACGUGAGCGAAGAGUCAUCUACGGUGAGCUGAAAGACCUUCGCAAAGAGUACCGACAGCGCGAAGGUCGUGUUGUAGGCGAUCUGCUCCGUGGGAGCGAGGUUGUUCUGGCAACUCUGCAUGGUUCCGGAGGAUAUCAAACGAAGAAUCAAGAGUUUGACGUGGUCAUAGUGGACGAAGCCAGUCAAGCGCUCGAAGCACAAUGCUGGAUUCCUGUAUUGAGCAGCGGUGCCUCCAAGCUCGUACUCGCUGGCGAUCAUCUGCAGCUACCGCCCACCAUCAAGUCUCUCAACAGCAAGACCGCAAAAAAGGCUCCUACGAAAGUCGAUCUGCCCAAGGACGGCGUCGCGUCGUUGAGUCUUGAUGAUAAGAAGAUGCCAAAAGAGGCUGCGCUCUCGCUCGAGACGACUCUGUUUGAUCGUCUGCUGUCUCUCCAUGGGGACAAGCUCAAACGAAUGCUAACAACCCAGUAUCGCAUGCACGAAACGAUCAUGCAAUUUCCAUCUCAAGCAUUGUACGACGAUAAGCUGGUAGCAGCAGAUGCAGUCAAAUUGAGACUGCUGAAGGAUCUGCCUUACCCUGUCMAAGACACGGAUGACACGAGGGAACCACUCGUCUUCUGGGACACUCAAGGGGGUGACUUUGGCGAGAAACUGGAAGAAGAUGAUGGCUCUGUCAAAGGAAAGUCGAGUCUUCUUGCCGAAAGCAAGGUCAACGAACUCGAGGCUUUGAUUGUACGGGAGCAUGUAGGGAGCCUGAUUGAUGCGGGAGUCAAGGCUGAGGAUAUUGCCAUUAUUACACCAUACAAUGGCCAAGUCGCUCUGCUAUCGCAGAUGCUGAAGGAGCGGUUUCCCGGAAUCGAACUAGGGAGCGUGGAUGGCUUCCAAGGCCGUGAAAAGGAGGCCGUGGUUGUCAGUCUGGUCCGCAGCAACCCGGAGCGGGAGGUUGGCUUCUUGGGAGAGAAGAGAAGAUUGAAUGUGGCAAUGACCCGCCCAAAGCGGCAUCUCUGUGUCAUUGCUGAUUCAGAGACCAUCAGCAAAGGCUCCACAUUCCUCAAGCAGUGGAUGACAUUUCUGGAAGAGAACGCYGACCUUCGAUACCCUAAUCUAGCCGAACUUUCGCAUGGAGACUGA